UCGCUUGACCACGUCAUGUGAGUUGGCAUUUAGCCAUGGCCUGAUCAACCGCUGCUGACACGUACUGCAGAAUGCUCGGCCGUUUGUGGACCGCAGUGACCAGAUGGUUCCGCUCGGGGCCAGAAUCUACUGUAGCUGCAGGAAAUGCACAGACUCCGCAACAGCCCCCAGUCAAAGAAGACAAAUAUUCCCAUCCUGAGCCUGCUGUAGAGAAGUUGCUGGAAAAAACGGCAGCUGCAAAGGGGACACAGGUCGAAGCUUCUCUUGCUUCAAGAAAUGCGGAGCUUCAAAAACUGCCAGCCAAACUGGACGAACAGGAGAAGCCUGCCCCUGCUGCAGAGAAGUUGCUGGAAGAUACGGCAGCUGCAAACCGGAAAGAGGCGGAGGCUUCUGUUUCCAACAAAGCUACAGCUAGUGCACCAACUGCUGAGCUUCAAAAAUCACCAGCCGAAGUGGCCAAGGUGGACACGCAGGAAAAGCGCGUCUCUGCUGCGGAAAAGUUGUUGGAAGACAGGGCAACCGCAAAGCGGAAAGAGGUGGAGGCUUCUGUUUCCACUAAAGCCAGUGCACCACCCGCCGAGCUUGAAAAAUCGCCAGCCAAAGUGAGCAAGGCGGACACGCAGGAAAAGCCUGUCCCUUCUUCGGAGAAGUCGUUGGAAAGCAGGGCAACUGCAAAGCGAAAAGAGGUGGAGGCUUCUGUUUUCGCCAAAGCCGGUGCACCAACCGCUGAGCUUCAAAGAUCGCCGGCAAAAGUUACCAAGGUGGACAAGCAAGAAAAGCCCGCCCCUGCUGCAGAGAAGUUGCUGGAAGAUACGGCAGCUGCAAAGCGGAAAGAGGUGGAGGCUUCUGUUUCCACCAAAGCUAGUGCAUCAACUGCUGAGCUUAAAAAAUCGCCAGCCAAAGUGAGCAAGGUGGACCAGGAAAAGUCCGUCCCUUCUGCGGAGAAGUUGCUGGCAGACAGGGCAGCUGCAAAGCGGAAACAGGUGGAGGCUUCCCUUUCUUUCAAAGCUAGUGCAGAAAGUGUAGCAAAUCUGCCAAGCGGGGAGCCUUGCAACUUGGCAAAAGGCACCGGUGCCACAGGGAUAGCGCAGGCUAGCAUUGUCAGUGAGGCAUCUUCCAGCACCCUGCCAAGAAGGCUUGAAGAACUGAAGCAGACUUUGAAAGACAAACAGGAAAAGCUAGCUGUCUCAGCUUCCAUUGAUGGUGACAGAUCCGGCAGACGCUCCAGCUUUCUGCCUCAAGCAGAUGCGACUGAAGAGCGGCCGCUGAAUAUCUUUGGUGGGGUUGGUGAAGGUUUCGAAGAUGUGCCUCCGAGAAAGCGCCGAGUUGUACUCAAGCCACCUCCAAAGGUACACAGCCGGGAUUGGGCAUCAGACCAGUCAGACCAGUCCGUGUCAGAGCAUUCCUCUGAACUUAGGGACUGGCGAUUGUUGGAUCAACCCAUCCAGACAGAGCUUGAUUCCCCGGCAGGUGAGGCCAAGGCAUCCAAAAAGCGAAAAAGAGGAAAGAAGAAGAAGAAAAAAGGAGAAGCUGAAGAAGCUCAUGAUGAGAAGCCACAGUCCGAGCUUGAGAAGGAUAUCAAGGGUCCGAGCCAAGUGGAAGCGGGAACAGUCGAAGAGCAGGAAGGCGAAGAUGAAACACCAACAAAAAGGGCAAAGAAACGGAAGAAGAGGAAGAAGGACAAGGACCACAAGGAGUCUCACAAAGAAGCCAAAGCCAUGCAGGUGGAACAACCCAUUCAUGCAGAUCUUGAAAAAGGAGAUGACGGCUCGUCGGAAGAGCAGAAUGGCAUUAUGUCUGUGAGCUCCGGUAGUGGAGAAGAUCAAGACUAUGGUGUUGUGGAGUGCAAAUUUGUUGCAGAGAAUGACGCAGCACUUGGCUUGCGGCGCCGCAUUCAGCGGCAUAAGACCAGGGCAUUGGAGGAGGCCCGAAAGGAGGAGAAGAAAGCCAGGAAAAAGGCUGGGAAGGCGGCAGAGAAGGCUCUGAAGGCUUUGCGGAAAGCAGAAAAGGCUGAGGCAAAAGCAGAGGGCUUUGGAUUCAAAAAAAACAAAGAUGCAGCUCGCAGCUCCCAAGAAGCGGAGUGGACAGCUUUGCGAGAACUGUCUCAGACUUGCGGACGUGUUCAGGAUGACUGAGACCUCAAAUUGCCAUUGCUCCAUGUGAAAAA